UUUUCCUGGGAUUCACUGUGUCAGACUUUUAUCCUCUCAGAGAAAAGAGCACAGACGGCUGAUAGGAUGAAGACAACAGUGGUUCUGGUUCCUCUGCUGCUCCUGGGUUGGACCGGGACCCUCCAGGGCCUCCCUGUGCUCCCUGAACCUCUUUACCCAACACAGGAGAACUUUGAUCUGACCCGGUUUGUGGGAACAUGGCACGAUGUUGCCUUGACGAGCAGCUGCCCCCACAUGCAGCGUAACAGGGCGGAUGCAGCCAUUGGUAAACUGGUUCUGGAGGAAGGCACUGGAAACAAACUCAAGGUGACACGAACUAGACUCAGACAUGGAACAUGUGUGGAGAUGUCUGGAGAAUAUGAGUUGACCAGCACACCAGGACGAAUCAUCUACCAUAUUGACAGGUGGGACGCAGACGUGGACGCCUACGUGAUUCACACCAACUACAACGAGUAUGCAAUAAUAAUAAUGAGCAAACAGAAAACAUCGGGGGAGAACAGCACCUCACUUAAGCUGUACAGUCGGACCAUGUCUGUGAGAGACACUGUGCUGGAUGACUUCAAAACUCUGGUCAGACACCAGGGAAUGAGUGACGACACCAUUAUCAUCAAGCAGGACAAAGGUGACUGUGUUCCUGGAGAGCAGGUGGAAGAAGCACCAUCUCAGCCAGAGCCCAAGCGGCUGAGGAGACAGGUGCUGCCGACUCUGGCUCCUGCAGACGAGGAGUCAUCCGGGGAUAUGACAGCUCUGUUCAAUGAUAGCGAGGCCUGCGAUGCGGCACCGGAGACCGGACCGUGCUUUGGGUUCAUUCUGCGUUUCUUCUACAACUCGACCUCGAUGCGCUGUGAGCCCUUCACCUACGGAGGGUGUCUGGGCAACCAGAACAACUUUGACACUGUGAGAGAGUGUCUGCAGAGAUGUCGCACUGAGGCUGUUUGCCGUCUGCCCAUGGCCCCCGAGCCCUGCACAGGUCAGCCGUCCAUCUGGGCCUUCGACUCCGUCACUGGUUCAUGCAUGCCCUACAAAGACGGCUUCUGCCAGGCCAACGGCAACCAGUUCUACAGCAGGGCAGAGUGUCAGGAGUACUGCGGCGUGAUUAAAGAUGAUGGAGAGCUGCCGACGGCAAGUUGAGCGAGAAGAGGGGAAACAUCUCUGCUCGUCUGAGCUCAUCACACUGAGCAGAGAUGCGACAUGAGCCAACAGCACAAUAAAGGAGUGUAUCGGUGCAUUCUCAAGUUACAUCACAACAGAUCACCAAUAAAACGUCAUGAUCAGUU